AUGAACUUGAGUCUCGGCAUUUUGGGGGCCCCUGAUCUUCGUAGCCAAACUCAAUUCCACAAGGUGCCUGUCAACCUUCAAAACACCAAGACCUUUGCGCCGCUACCAUGGCAUUUCCGUGCCGAACCGCAUCCAAGCUCCUGGUUGUUUGCCCGUAUUCACCUAUCUCCUUUGUGUGUCUUGAAGAGUAAUGGCCACGCUCUCAUCUAUCUGCCUUCUCUCACACUCUCUCUUUUGACCUCGCAUCUUUACGGGGGCGUUAUCCUCCAUCUACCCAACUGGAUCUUAGGCCCGUGGAAGCUCCUGCAACGUCGUUUCGUGCCCUCCGCAUGA